CUUUUCCCUAACAAGCCUUCAACAUGGCAUACACAAACCCCAACCCCCUAAACGUCUUCUCCGGCCCGGACUCGUUGUCUCAUUACUUCGACCCCGAGCAAAACCCGCCGUUGCCACUAGUCGAGUUACCUGCCGCGUUGAACCCCUUCCGCAAGGAUGGCGUGAGGAUUUAUGCAAAGAUGUUGACAGCGCUGCCGGCGCAGAAUGUCAAGUCUCUUCCUGCCCUAGAAAUGCUCAAAACCUCACCCAAAGCCCCCACCGCCAAACGGAUUGUUGAAGCGAGUUCAGGGAGCACGGUGCUCAGCAUGGGGGUUAUUGGGCGGGCGUUGUGGGGUCAUGAGGGGGUUGAGGCUUGGGUGACGAAUAAGAAGACGAGGGAGAGCUUGAGGGUUUUGAGGUUCUUUGGGGUGGGGAUAUCGUUGUAUGGAGGGUUGGCACAACAGGAGCCGUCAGACCCCAAAGGGAUUAUGGCGAGAUUGAGGAGGAAGGCGAGGGAACAGGAGGAGGUGUGUUAUUUGGGGCAGUAUGAUAAUGAUGCUAACUGGCAAUCGCACUACAACCACACCGCCCCUCAGCUUGCGCUGCAACUCCCCUCUUUGUCGGUGCUCUGCUCUACUAUUGGGACAGGGGGCUGCAUCACCGGCACAGGGCGAUAUCUCAAAUCUCGUUUGUCGUCUGAUAUCAAAGUUGUUGGUGUUUGCAACGUCUUUGGAGACCCAACACCAGGGCCGAGACAUUUCCCUGGGUUUGAGUCAAGCCCUUUUCCGUGGAGGGAGACGAUUGACGAGUUUGUUAGUGUCAAGUCGGAAGAUUCCUUCAGGAUGAGUAUGAGGCUGAGUAGAUACGGGAUUAUCUGCGGGCCGUCAUCAGGGGAGGCACUUCAUGGACUACUGGAGUGGCUGACAGAAAAUGGUACCGACGGAUUGAAGAGGGAGGAAAAUGGGGAGGUGAACUGUGUGUUUUUGUGUGCGGAUUUGCCGUAUCAGUAUAUGGAGUUGUAUUAUCAAAAGCUAGGCGAAAAGGAGUUUCCGGGGAUCAGAAAUCAGUGCUUGUUAGAGGUGGACCAAGACCCCUAUGACGAAAGAUGGUUCCUUGCGCCAGAGCAGACAGUCGACAUGUUGGUUGGGGAGGGCGGUGAGAAGUAUGAUGGGGAGAUGCUAUGCAUGGUGCCCUCUUCUUGCGCCUGCACAACGACGCGAACAUCAAGAACAUACAAGCAGCAACAGCAACCAAUUGAGGGGAUAUUCGGGGACUGUUCACCAGGUGCGGUGUCAGAUGUCUCGGAGUCUGCCUCGACGAUAUUCUCGACGGCAUCACCAUCAUCAUCGGUGUACAGUGUCGCUACCACGACCAGUGUUGAGUCACAGCAUUCUUCGAUGGGGAAGGUCAUCGAUGUAAGGCCGAGAGCGGAGUUUGUCAAAUCCCAUCUGAGAAAUGCGGUGAAUAUUCCAUUAUCAGUGACAAAGGAUGACUUUUAUGGGGAUCCGCAGGCUGUUUAUGAGAGGUGGAAGGAAAUGAAUGCCGCGUUCAAAGAGACUGGCGUGUUGGAUCACCAAGAGGAAGAUGAUGACAGACAAACACUUGUCGUUUGUUUGGAUGGGGACUCUGGAAAGAUGGCGGCUUCUAUGCUCAGAGGGGCCAGCAAGAAGGUUGGCAAGAAGAGAGAAGUCUUUUGUGUAGAUGGGGGGUGGGGAGUGUUGGAAGCGUGGCUAAGAAGGAGGGGCUAUGGUGAUGAUGUCUGGGAUGGGGUAGAUUAGCGGGGGAGUACAUAGGUAAUCAGUCCUUGAGUGUAAGAUAUUUCUUGACGCCCAUUAAAUAGGUAUCCCUUAAGGUCUAUCAACUAUCUUCGAGGGCCUGUUACUCAUAUUUUAAAGCCUUUCUUUCGAAUUUCA